AUGUCGGAAGGGGAAAAGAAGAAGACGAUCCUAUUCUUCCAUCCUGACUUGGGGAUAGGAGGUGCCGAAAGACUCAUCAUUGAUGCUGCUGUAGGAUUGCAAAACCGUGGUCAUAAGGUGGCCAUCUUUACCAGCCACUGCGAUCCAAAACAUUGCUUCGACGAAGCUCGAGAUGGGACCCUCGAUGUCCGAGUCCGUGGCAAUUGGCUUUUCCCAUCCUCCAUUCUCUCCCGAUUUUCCAUCUUCUGCGCCAUCCUCCGCCAAUUCCACCUCAUCUUCUGGACAUACUUCACGUCCGAAAUCAGCUUACUGAAGCCCAACGCAUUUGUUGUCGACCAACUAAGCGCCGGACUGCCAUGGCUGGCCUACUUAUACCCCGACAAUCGAAUCCUGUUCUACUGCCACUUCCCUGACCUGCUACUAGCGCAAGGGAGAUCUGCGUGGUGGAAACGAGCUUAUCGACUGCCGUUUGAUUUUCUGGAAGAAUGGAGCAUGAACUUUGCUGACUCUGUGGCCGUAAAUUCGGGGUUCACAAAGAGUGUUGUGGGGAAGGUCUGGCCAGAGCUGCAGAAGAAAAAAGAUUUGCAGAUUGUUUAUCCUUGCGUGGAUAUAAAGGAGAAGAGAACUGGGGAUGGAGAUGUUUCCGUUGCCACUUGGGAGGACAGGAAAAUCCUAUUGAGCAUCAAUCGGUUUGAGAGGAAAAAGGAUAUUGGCCUUGCAGUCAAAGCAUACGCUGGUCUGGGGAAGAAGGGCAGGGAAGGUGUGAGAUUGGUUCUUGCUGGAGGCUAUGAUAAUCGCAUCCAGGAGAACGUUGUUUAUCACAAGGAACUCGUCAGCCUCGCCGAAUCGCUUGGCCUCAAGGUCGCAACCACGAAAACGAUUGUUACAGCUCUGAAUGUUCCAAACGACGUGGAUGUACUAUUUUUACUUUCGGUACCGAACACACUAAAAGACAUGCUGCUAAAGUCGGCUCGCCUUCUCGUGUAUACUCCUUCAAACGAGCACUUCGGAAUCGUGCCGUUAGAGGCCAUGUUAGCUGGAGUUCCGGUCUUAGCUGCCAACACCGGAGGACCUCUCGAAACGGUGGUAGACGGCAAAACAGGCUGGCUCUGUCCCCCAGACAAAAUUGAGAGUUGGACAGCGGUCAUGGACAAAGUCCUCCACAAGCUGUCCGGAAUAGAGCUCAAGAAAAUCGGGACAGCCGGAACCGAGCGUGUCAAGAAAGAAUUCUCGGACGUCAAGUUGGCCGAAAGACUUGAUACGAUUAUUUCAAAUAUGUCCCGCAUUGAUAGGAGGAGCUACCAGGAAUUCUCGUCGUUUUUACUGACGAUUGGAGUGGCAGUCUUUGACAUAUUGUAUUAUGUUGCAUCACACUACCCAGCACUUGACAAGAAGUUGGGGAACUUUCUACUGCCUCCUUUUGCUCUUACGGCGGUGUCGCUCGUAUCUUGGUUUGCAUAUUUAGUGGCCGCAAGGAAUAGGUAGAUGU